AUGAAUGUCCCACUUAAAGAAUCAGGUAAUCAAGCUCAGAGAGAAGAUGGUGUGUAUGAUUUUUCCAUGUCCCUAGUUCCUUUUGAGCCAAAAAAACAAGACAUGGUUAAUGAGUUUAAGGAUGAUUCGUAUUUCCCUGUACCAGAAGAAACUGAUACAAUGCAUGAAAUUACAGUUGAUAUUAAUUGCCAGAAUCAUAGGGAAAUGCUAGAUGAUUUUGAGCCUUUUAGUAGUGAUGGAUAUCAGAAUAUAGGUGAGCUUGAAAGAGAGGUUGAAGCUGAAGAAGAACAAGAUGAAGAAGAUGAACAAGGGCAUGCAGAGGAUUCAAAAGAUGAUUCAAAAGAGCAUACAGAAGAAGAUGAUGAUUCUGACUACAUUGUUGACCCAGAAGGUAUUUUAGAUGACUGGGAGGUUGAUAUGAGAGAGUUUCACAGUUGUGUGGAUAAGGUUGAAUGGUUUGGACAAGGUCCAAACAUAAAAUUAGAUUUAAAUCAAGAUGAUGAUUUAGGUGUGAUCAACAAUGAUGAGUUUGAAAGUGCAGGAUAUGAGGAAGACCUAAGGAAGAGAAUGUUAAAAAACCUAAACAAGAAGGUGCCUUGUUCUUCUGGGGUAGUUCAUGUUACACCAUUUUUUGUGGGUCAAGCUUUUAAAACCAAAAAAGAUAUACAAGGUCACGUGAAGAUGCUUUCAAUAAAAACAAGGAGGGCCCUACACAUGGCAAAAAAUGAAAAAUUGAGAGUAAGAGUCAAGUGUAAAGGGGUGGUUCCAGAUUCCACUGAUGGUGGGCCCUCCACUGGGCAAAGGGGGUCAAGUCAGAGAGCAGUGGGUGGAUCAAGUCAAGGUGGUGUGGGUGGAUCAAGUAAAGAUGUAGUUGGUGGAACAAUUCAAGGUUCAGUGGGUGGAUCAAGUGAAGAUUUCAUGGGUGGGUUAAGAUCAAAGAAGAUAGACAAGGGAAAAAAAGCCUCAAGUUUCACCUCCACAGCUCUAUGGCACAUCGGAUCGUCCACCCACCCAAGAAAUGGACAGCUUCGACCAUUUCGAGCACAAGACCAGAAUCACCUUCCUGGGUUGAGGUCCGUCCAAGAUGUGACUCUCACAGCAACACUUCCACACAUACAAAUCACCAUUCUUGCAAGAGAGGAGAGCUUCGAUCUUUCAGAGAUGCUAGCUUGA